CAUUUCAUCAACCCAAUUGCUUCCAAUACUCUCUACUACUAUACUACUGCAUUGCCUUAGCUUGCAUUGCUUCGGAGUUUCCAACGAUGAUGAAAAACCAACGGCCUGUAUCAUCUCUGGCCCUACUCUCAGCAGCCUUACUCUUCCUCCUCCAACCAAUCCCAACCGUUGGAUUCUCCUCUGACCCAAACAACGGCACCGAUUUCAUCCGUACAAGCUGCGGCGCAACUCUAUACCCUCAGCUCUGCUACUCCUCCCUCUCCGGCUACGCCAAAGCCGUUCAGCAGAACCCGGCUCGGCUCGCUCGGCUAGCCAUCCGAGUCAGCCUCUCCAAUGCCCGACUCAUGGUCGGCUACCUCUCCAACGUCUCCAGCCAAGCUGAUUACGGCUCCGAGCCCCGAGCCCCAGCCGCCCUCCACGACUGCGUUACGGUCUUCAGAGAUGCCGUAGAUCAGAUCAGUGGCUCGCUCAAGCAGAUGCGGGAGCUCGGAUACGGCGGCGCAGGCGGCUCGGUCCGGUUCCGAUUGAGCAACGUUCAGACGUGGGUGAGCGCUGCGCUGACCAACGAGAACACGUGUACGGACGGAUUCGAGGAUGUACCGGAUGGGGCGGUGAAGACGGGUGUAUGUGAUCGGGUGGUGAAGGUGAAGGAGGUCACGAGCAUUGCGCUUGCGUUGGUUAAUAGUUAUGUUUCGAAGGUAACAACGGUUUGAUGAUGAUGAAAGGGUUGAAUAUGGACCGUUUGAUUAUUAUAAAAAGUGUAUUUAGGUUGAUAUAUUUGUGUCUUAUAUAUUCAAGUUAUUAUAUUAUAGCAAUGAACAACAUUGUAUAUGAUAUUUUCAGCUUGUGAGUGCAUGUGUGUGUGCGCUGUGUGAUUUUUGUUGUUUGUUCACUCUUUCUUACUUGGAUUGGAAGAAAUGAAAAAAAACAUUGUUCAAA